GGGGGUGGGGUGGGGUGGGGUUUGGAUGGAUGGAGGAGAGGUGGAUGUUGGUGUGAAUGUAUUUCUGAGUUUGGGAAUCACAGAAAGACAGUGAAGAAAGCCUGCAACAGAAUCCAACAUCCAAACAUGGUAAAGCUUAGGAAGCCACCAUCCGCAUAGAUUCACAAUCUUUUUUCUCUCUUCUGCUGCUGCAUCCAUGUAAAAUAACCCCUCUUAGCUACGUGCCGCCCACUUGUUUCCAACCCCUCUCUACAGAUAUAUAUAGAAAGAGAGUUCAAAAUUAACAACCCUCUUCUCUUUCUCCAACAUGAAAUUUAUUAACUAGUGGUUUGGCCUCACACUUGCAUGGAAUAUGGAAGAACCCUUUCAUUUUCUCUCUGCUUAGCUUCAUAAUUCGCUUCCUCUCAAUCUUCCAAGUCUCAAAAGAAAGAAUCAUGGAGAGUAAGGGAUACAGAAAACUAAACCUCACCCACAAAUCGCACUUGCUUUACUGUUUCUCAGCUUGGGUAUUGGUUAGCAUCAUCACCACUGCAACCACAUGCCAACGAGAUUUCAGGUUUCUACCGUUUGCUCAAGCAGCGGAUAGUAUUUGUUCUCAGGUGAUGACUAGGAUUCGGUUGUCACAGGAAAUUGCCCAGGAAAACCAAGUGUCUAUACCUGUUGACAUCCAAGGACACCCUUCAAGCUUGCCCAGGAGAGUUUUGAGCGGCCCCGGAUCAUCCCCGCCACGGUGUGCCUCAAAGUGCGGCAAGUGCACGCCGUGCAAGCCUGUUCACGUGCCGGUACCUCCUGGAACACCGGUCACUGCCGAGUACUAUCCAGAAGCAUGGAGGUGUAAAUGUGGCAAUAAGUUGUACAUGCCAUGAUGCUCGUAAAUUUGUUUGGUCAUAUAAAUAUAUGUGUAGUGCUAGUACAUGUGACACUGGAGAACAAUGAAUAUAUAUGUGAUCAUUAACAACA